UUUCAACUUUCCUCCCCCACACUGUGCCCGCUGCCAAUGGUUCCGCCAAUAGCCCAGCCACCCUCGUGGCGGAGGUCCACCCGGGACCAGCGGGGUCUUUCGGCCAACCCACCUUCGGUUUGAUCCCGAAGGUGGCAUAUGCGACCAUCUUCGACCGCUACAUGCUGGCGUGCGAGGGAUUCUUCUUCCUGACCACCAUCGUCUGCUGGCUCUCGACCGCCCUCGCCAGCUCGUCCAGCCCACCGAUCAGCGGCUCGGCCUUCCAGCUGCACGCCGCGAUCGUGCUGCUGACAGGCUGGGUGCUGUUCAACGCUUGGAUCUACCUGGAGGUGCGCUUCAGUCCGCAGGAGGACGCCGGCCUGUCGCAGGUGGGCCGGGCGGAUCUGAAGUGCCAGCCGCCGCGUUUCGAGACCCAGCGCCGCAGCCUCGCGUCCUCGCCCUUCCAGGCGCCGCUGGGAGGAGAGAGCAUGACGUCCGCCGUGCUGCUGCGGAUGCAGAUCCGCAACAUCCACAGCGUGAACACCACCACCGCGACCUUCAAGUGCGACUUCACCGCGCGCAUGGUGUGGCUGGCCCCCGCAGCAGCGGGCGCCGAGGAGGGCUCUGAGCUUGCCGACGAGCAGCUGGGGGAGCAGCGGGCGCCGAGGCUGGCCGUGCAGAACGCCCUCACGAGCACCGUCAGGCCUGAGGGCGGCGUCCGGGUCCUCUGCUCCAAGACCGGGCGCGUGGCCUGCACGGUGCGCGUGCAGGCGCAGGUACAGAUGCAUGUCCAGCUCGCCCAGUUCCCCUUCGACGAGCAGGUGCUGGCCACGCACGUUAUGCUGCCGGAGCCGUCGGAUGCGUUGAGGUACCUGUUUCUUGAGGACGUCGACACCAAGGAUGCCGUGAAGAUCGCGGAGUGGACGGUCCUGGGCGCCUUCUCGUCCUCUGGCCGGCAGUCUCAGGUGAGCCACGCUGCCUUCGGCGUGCGCAUCCGGCGCCACAGCCGCUACUACGUCAUGCACCUGGCCUCGCUGUGUGUGUGGUCGUCCUUCGUGUUCACGAUCUAUGCGCUUGAUGUGGACGCGUUCCACAACCGCGGCAAGGUCGUGGUCGGCGUGCUGCUGGUGCAGGUGGUGGCCAAGCUCGCGGUGUCGAGCAAGCUGCCGCGUAUCGCGCAGGUCACCGCGUACGACAGCGUGGCACUUCACGGGCUGGGGCUGGUGUUCGUCAUGGGCUGCAACGCGGCGUUCUGGACCGUGGUGGCGAAGAUGGACGUCGUCGAUCUGUGGGCCCUCCGCCUCGUGGACUGGCUGCUCGGCGCCGCCUUCUUCGCGGUGUGGCUCCUCAGGAACGCGCAGGUGCUCCUCGGGGUCCGCCGCGCCCUGCAGGCCAGCCAUGGGCAGACCGGUCAUGUGCAGACGGACCUGGUCACAGGGCCUGAGCACAACCAGCUCAGCGAGCCGGUGCCCGAGCACUUGCGCGACUCUCUCGCCGCGCUGCGCGCCGAGGAGGCCCCAGGCGCCGUGCCCCCGGCGCUGCGGGGCUCGACACCGCCUUGUGGCGAGCUGGCGACGUGCUGUGAGGCCACCGGCGUAUCCGUCGGCGUGCGCGUCUGGAUCCUCUCGGGCAUCGAUGUCAGCACGGCGAGCUUCGAGUGCAAGUUCCACGUCUGCCUCGACUGGUGCGAUCCCGCGGCUCUGGGGCUCUUGGAGGGCACGCGGGUCAGCUCGGGCGGCAGCGGCCCGAGCGUCCCGAAGGUCCAGAUCAAGAACGCCGUGCACGUGAUUCUGGAGGACCUGUCGGACAUUCAGGUGAUGGACAGCUCCAUUGGACACGUGUCGUGUCGCAUCCAGUACCAUGUCCGCCUCUACAACGAAUUCAACCUGCGGAGUUUCCCAUUCGACUGCCAGCGCCUUCAGGUCGUUCUGGAGCUUCAGCCGAGCCCUGGCCUGCAGCGCUUCUUCAUCAACAGCUUCUGCGAGAUGGACGAUCAGAAAACGAGGCUUGAUGGCUGGCGCGUGGUCUGUUUACGCAUGAAACCCGUCGACACGCAGAUGCCUCAGCGCACGAGCGUCCUCAUGGUGGUUGAGCGGGAG